GACCAGGCUGCAUGAAAUCAUGCCCCUCCCGUUCACGGUCCGCUUUCGGGAGCGGCAUUAAUCGAUCGGCCAGCUUUCGAUUAUUGCGCGCCUGGGGUCCAGGCAGGCUACGCUAUGCAGGGCAGGGGGGUGUGCGUCCUGGGCUGUACAAUUGUUUAAUCGGUCUUUCGGUUGAGGACGGACGGAGAGGAGAGGUGCAGCAGCAGCAGCGGCGGCAGGCAGCAGAGAGAGAGAGAGAGUGAGAGAGAGAGAGAGGGGUGCUGUGCCUUUCUCUGACCACUUUCCGCGCUUCGUCUUUGUCUGAACGCCAGAGCUUUUGCCCACUCCGUCCCUCCGGUCCCUUCCCUCUGCAGGCAGCUUUGCUGCGUCUCCUUUUGUGGGGCGAUCGUCCCGGUCGCAAUGCUGUGGCACGGGGACGAGGUCUAGGGACGGCGUCGGAGGGGCAGUGGGGCAGAGGGGGCGAGGCUGUUCUUCCUUCGGGGACAGAGGUUGACCACCGCGGGCGCUGGCUGCUCCAGCGUGUGUGUGAGAGCGCGCGUGCCUGUGCUGAGGCAGCUCCGCUCGUCCGAGGGGAGCCUGGAGAAUCGAAACUCUCAGCAGGAGGAGUGUGCGAUCUUUGACUGCUGGAGACUGAGCAGAGCCGAGUGAGCGAGCUCGGGAGAGGAGAACGUUUGAUGUGACAGUCGUCGUCCGAGUCGACGUCGUGGUCGCGGUCAUGGCCCGAGGCUAGAGACGUUGCGGGAUAGCGCCUCCUCGCGUCGGAGCAGGAGCAGGAGCUGCAGCUACUGAUUUUCAGAUAGCACUGCAGGUUUUUCUGGAGUUGCGAACCUUCCGCAAUGUCGGCCAGCGAAGCCCGCGCCUAUUUCAUGCCUCCCAGGCCCAAUGGGAGCUUCAUUGGGUCUGCGCGCAGCAACUCGAGUUUGUCCUCGCGCACGCAUCUGGUCAUACAGGAGAUCGAGCGUCUCAAGAACGAGAAUGAGAAGCUGAAAAGAGCCUCAGGGCAGUUCGAUCUGCAGCGACUUCCUUACUCUGUCGAGCAACAUGCAGCUGAUACCAAGGCCCGCCGAGAAGAAAUCAAGGUUAUGAUCAUGAAAGCGCAAGAGCUGGACCUGGCGUUCUUGUUGGAUGCAACCGCGAGCAUGCAGGAUUCCAUCGACAUGGUCAAAGAUAAAGUAGCUGCUAUGUCUGCCGGAAUAAGCCAAGCAUAUCCUGAAUGUACCUUGCGAGUUGCUUUCGUUCUGUACCGAGAUUACGACGAUUCCAAUACAGAUAUUGAUUCCAAAGGAUGCAAUUUGACGAGCGACUUCGAUGGCUCCGGAAGCACUUUCAUAAGAGCUCUGUCGCGAGUCCGGGCCAAGGGUGGUGGAGAUGCCGCGGAGGACGUAUUUACUGGGCUGCAGCGAGUCGCAAACUUGGAUUGGCAGGCUCGAAACAGACUACUGGUGCACAUAUGUGACGCCCCAUGCCACGGCACACAGUUCCAUGACUUUCCAGUGGAGAAGAACAAUGAAUGGGAUAACUAUCCACAAGGGGACAAAUAUGGGCGCAACAUUCAUACUCUCCUUAUGCAGCUGCGUGAACACUGCCAAGUUACGCAUUAUUACUUCUGUCACCUGAACGAUGGGACAAAGAAGAUGAUGCAGGAGUUCAAGAAGGCAGCUGGGGAGCCUGGUUGGAUCGAAGAAGCACAUUUCAGGGACAUCAAUGGCAUUCCACAGAAAGUGGUUACUAUGUCGCGCAGCACAAUCAGUAGGACCCUGAGUAACCUAUCAGGCAUUGGAAGUCAUGUGCAUGGAACAAACUUCAUACCAGAGAAUGUGAUCCCAAGUAGACCGAAUUGGGCCAGUAUUGCCCUUUUGAAUGGUCAACAGUACAAGCACAGGUGGUAUCACUUUCUAGAUGGCCUCAUGCAAAAGAUUGCCAAUCGAGAAGCUCUUGAGGUUGAAGAGAUGGACUCAUUGCAAGUGCAAAUUGCAACUCAUCCUUUCAGUGCGGAAGGAACCAUGAGGUGGCCUUACCAUGCGGCAGUCAUUCAGCAUGGUCAACCUGUCAGGAAUAUGGUCGUGAAGAGGUUCAAAGUACCCUUCGGACACAACAUCCGUCAAGUGCACUCGAAGGAGCGCUACCUAGGCCAGAUGGAGGUGCAGACAGUAGCCGCACACAUGGCUCACGAGUUUAACAACAGGACGAGUGGUCUCCGAGGCGUGAAGAAAGUCGAAUUCACACUAGUGUCUACCUUGCAAGUGGGAUCGAAAAUAUACAACAUGGAGAAGUUCCUGGAGGGUAACUGGAUCAGAUAUUCCAACAACGCUGGAUACGUCAAUACAGCAGAUUAUGCUGCUACAUUACAGGCCUUCACUCACUGGACACACGAGCGUUCUAAUGGUCUCCUGAUGGUUACUGAUUUACAAGGUGUCAUGCAGCCAAGUGGCAACGGUGGUCGGUACAUGUUUUGGCUUUGUGAUCCUUCUAUUCAUUGCACCGAUGUUAUGCGGUUCACCAGAACCAAUCUUGGAGACGCUGGCUUCAAACUGUUCUUCAGUUCUCACAAGUGUAACGAUAUUUGCCGACAUUUGGGACUUAAGGCCAGUGACAAUGGUUAUAGCACAGUGGGUACACAGGUGGGAUAAAGUCGGGAUGAGAUAAACACAGGUAGAGUAUAUUCUGAUGGUGACUCUGCCUGUGUUAUGUCACUUCUCCAACAUCAUAAGUCUGAUUUAUGGCCGCCAACGAAUUUAAAUCACUCAAGCUGAUGCUGUCAUCCUACCGACAGCACAGUCCGUUCCCGUGGUCUCUAUUUUUGAGCGGUGUGUGCCUUAAAAACCACGAUGGCAGUGCUUGUGCCUGGAGCCGGUCACAGAUCACGAAUACUGUGACAAGGCAAUCAUUCAAAUCAUCCUUAUGAUACAUGUGAUCCUCAGAGUCAUGGAGCUAUACUCGACAUGAAACUCUGGUACGGGAUACUCUGUACAAAUAGCUAGGUCAAAGGAGACUGUGAAUAGGUUGCAGAGAUUACUAGGAGAUCCAAACUGGGCGAAGGCAAGGAGCAGCAGUUUCAUGAACGACAGUCCUUGUGGAUGACACAGGGAGUUCCAUCAAGCAGGUGGAUGUGAAAUAUACUUGGGUUAACCAUUGGAUAAGUCUUGAGUAUUGCUUGUUGUAUCUGCUAGCAUGCAGAGGGAAUUUUGUUUAAGGUAAGGACGAAGGGUAACUGGUACUAUAUGGAAACAAGCUUCUUUGUUGUGCAUGAAGUUCCAUUGUGAGAACAUUGGGUUUGAACCCUUGAUACGUUAUGGUUGUAGACUUAUGGAGAGGUAGGGAGUUUCUGAAUCAGGAAGACGUGGUGCUGGUGGAACUCUCGUGAUUAGUCAUGGCCCUGUGAUUUGUGGACGGCGGUAUUAGUAGAGCUGAACUACUGAUCCAUCGAGUUUCAACGGAUGUCACAUUGUCCUUAACAAACGUCCGUCGAGUUCAGAGGAGCCCUGAUGAGGAGAUGGAAAGAGGUGGGUACUAUGUGCGAGGAGUGCACUUUCUGGUGUCGGUGGUGUUUCGUGGUACCCAGAGUUUUGGUUGGCUGGAAGACGUCAGCUCGUACUCUAGGCGCCUCUAUGUGAAAUACUUAUAAAUAUUUUGUUCUCAUGGCAAUUCUCCCUUGUUCUUGUGCAAUUGCCAAAGUCAGAUCUGGGAUGUCAAAU